UAUUCUGUACUAUCCCAUAAAAUGUGUUGAUGACUUAAAAAGAAAAGACAGAAAAGUCAUGUGUUAUAUUUGAGGUGUUUCAGUGGAUGAAUACAGUGCGCUUCCAGAAAAUUUUCGAAGACUAAUGAUGGAUAUAUAUGUAUUUACGCAGGGUUAGAAUUAUAGAAUAAAUAUAAUCAAAGCAAGUUUUUGAAACCAAUUGGACAAUGCCGGUAGCAAUUGCACGGAAUACAAACACAACCGCCAAAAAAACGACCAUCUCCUGAGUCGGAAAGUGGCGGAAGUAUGAAGAACAAAGAAAUUUCUAAUUCGUGUAGCGUUGCCAUAGGAACAAACAACGACUUCAUGGACGACGACGCACACCUCAAAGUAACAUAUUCACCGGGCAAAAAAGGUGGGAAUUUUGGACUUCCACUGGGUGGAAAACUGAUUUUGCCGGAUGGGUUGUUUGGUAAAAAGGACACAAUUACAUGCCAGGUGGCAUCUCCUUCUUUAAGAUGGAAGUAUUACCCCACCCUCCCAUCUUACGAGCAUAUAACAAGCGAAAUCUACACGCUGCAAUCAACGAUGCAUCCGCUGAAGAAAACAGUCAUCGUGCAAAUUCCUUACUAUCAAAUUGACACUGAGCACAAUGAAAUUAACGUCAAAGGACAAUGGAGCGACGAAAGUGAGUGGGUGGAUGUAGGAUUUCUAAAGAAGGCAAACUCUUCAGUAGAGCUGGAGGUAGACCGAUUAGGGAUAUUCAUCGUGACCUUUACCCCUAAAAAGGAACUGUUUGACGUCACACCACAAGGAUGCUUGUACAACGCACAUAUAAGUCGCUACAUCAGCGUGCGAUUUCCAAAGAAAGCGCACGAUAAACCAUUUCAAUGUGCAAUUCAGAUUUCUCCCAUCCCAAGUGACAAACUCCAACUUGCAAAAGAGUUAAGCCCAGGAGAAACAGCGGACCUCGUUUUGGCCACAGAGUUUAUAGAUCUCAUCCCAAGCGCUCCUUGUGUUUUUAAACGAGCAGUGUCCGUGAAGCUCCCUCUUCCAACGGGAGUUGAGGUUGAGGAUGAACGCAGUGAAGAUAUUGCAGUACUUCAGAAAACGGAAAAUGGUUGGGAAUUAGUAGAGUCCAAAUACAAAUUCACCAGGACGACUGUGACAUUUGAUACAAAAUCUCUUUCAAAAUUUUGCGUUAUGCAGUCUAAACCAGAUAGACAAAAGCGACUACCUCCUGCAGCACAAGUCCUAGAGAAUCGGAGCAAUCGGGAAAAGGGCGAAAUUGUAGCUUUCUUAAACCUUAAGGAAAAAUUCUGGUUCAUGGUUUUGGAGUGCAUGCCAUUAAAUAAGCUUGAAAGUCGCGUGAAAGAAAUGAGUGAAAAGGGAUUCAAACACGUUGUGAAAGACAUUGUCAAGAAAGAUGAACCAUCCAAUCCAUUUAGACGAUCGCAGAAAUUUCAACAACCAACACGACAAAUACAAGUCCCACCUACCUGUGAAAUUAUAGAUGGAAUGAAAUGGGAUUUUUCGGUGGGAGAUGAUAUUAAAGUGAACUCCGAAAGUAACUAUUCGGAAAACAGAGAACUACACUACUUCCGGUAUUUACCGGAAAGUUACCGACAGUUUGUUAUAGAACCGAAAACUAACGAUGAACGCGCAAUCACUGGUGCAAUAAACCUCGACCCUGUUGGGAUUGAGGACAAAAAUCUCAGAGACAAUUGUACUUGUUCCAUUAGAAUUGAAAUUGAUGAGGAAACAGUGAAAGCAUAUUUCAAACCGGAAUUCGUCCCAGAAGAGCCAGAGCCUAAAAAGGAGAAGGUCAAUUUCGACAUACUGAACACACCUGUGUUUAAGGAAGAGAAAACGGAAGUUCCUGCGAUUCCAAAAUUCAAACCCCUUCCGCCCAGCGUCAUGGAACGGCUUAUGAAAACAAGUCGAAAACCAAUCAUAAUUGAAAGAGAGUCAAAAGUCAUUUCUGGAAAGAGCCUGCGCAAUCUCUCGAAACUGGUUCCCGAGGGCCUGACUUUAGCAGUUCACCUUGACCUUCCAGACAGCACCAUAACCGGCCUCGGUUUCGAUGCCAUUUCAAACGGCUUGAGCAUGUCCGACGUCACAUAUAAAAUCCUCUUAUACUGGAAGCGCAUGUGCAAAGAUAAGAAAGAUGGCGCUGUCAAUUCCUUAACUAACGCACUAAGAGACAUGGGGCGUGAUGAGCUGGCAAAUAUAGUGUUCGAACGCCAUCGUGACAACAAAGAAUUGACACCGGAUGCGUUUUCUCCCUUGUUUACUGCGUAUCAAUAAAAAUAGACACAUAUUUGUAACAACCUAAACUAAAUACAAGAGCAAUAUUUAUUUUCAAUAUAAUGAAGAAGCAAUUACACAUGUAUACGUACGUAUUACGUAACAAAACUGAUGUCCUCAUACUUUUUGACCUGAUUUGUGCAUUUCCCUUUAAGCUGUGAUAAAAUUUUGUUGAUAAGCCGUCCAUUAAUUUAAUAUUAGAACUUCAUUUCAUAUUUUGUAUUAUUUUGUAUACUGUGAUUAUUUUUUUGUAGCAAAUAUAUUCUGCAUGCAGCAUAUUACAAAGUUUAAUAUAUAAUGUAUGUUAUUAAAAGCUUAUUUGUGUAA